UCGGAGUCGCUUCGAGCUAUGCUGCUCUUUGUUAGCUAAAGUGGUCAGAUCGUCUCGUCCCAUCGGAGUCCGUUCCAUCCGAUGUUGACCGCAACUCCGCCUGCUGUCGUCUGUUCCCGCGAGCGCACGGAUUCCUCCUAGUCUUGCUGCGAAGCGGCGCGGUUGGCAGUCGGCCGUCGAGAGCGUGUUAGCGGCGCAGACAACGGCAGGAUGUCGCUCCACGGCAAGAGGAAAGAGAUCUACAAGUACGAGGCUCCAUGGACCGUUUACGCCAUGAACUGGAGCGUCCGCCCGGACAAGCGCUUCCGACUGGCCCUGGGGAGUUUUGUGGAGGAAUAUAACAACAAGGUUCAGCUGGUGGGCCUGGAGGAGGAAAGCUCAGAGUUCGUCUGCAGGAACACCUUCGACCACCCCUACCCCACCACCAAGAUCAUGUGGAUCCCUGACACCAAGGGGGUCUACCCCGACCUGCUGGCCACCAGCGGAGACUACCUGCGCAUCUGGAGGGUCAGCGACACAGAAACCCGUCUGGAGUGUUUACUGAACAACAACAAGAACUCCGACUUCUGUGCUCCUCUCACCUCCUUCGACUGGAAUGAAGUCGACCCCAACCUCCUCGGAACCUCCAGCAUUGACACCACUUGCACCAUCUGGGGCCUGGAGACGGGCCAGAUUGUUGGCCGGGUCAAUCUGGUGUCGGGUCACGUGAAGACGCAGCUGAUCGCUCACGACAAAGAGGUGUAUGACAUCGCCUUCAGCCGGGCCGGCGGCGGCAGAGACAUGUUUGCCUCGGUUGGCGCCGACGGUUCUGUUCGCAUGUUCGACCUGCGUCACCUGGAGCACAGCACCAUCAUCUACGAGGACCCGCAGCACCACCCUCUGCUGCGACUCUGCUGGAACAAGCAGGACCCCAACUACCUGGCCACCAUGGCCAUGGAUGGCAUGGAGGUGGUGAUCCUGGACGUCCGCGUCCCCUGCACGCCGGUGGCCCGGCUCAACAAUCACCGCGCCUGUGUCAACGGCAUCGCCUGGGCUCCUCACUCCUCCUGUCACAUCUGCACAGCAGCCGACGACCACCAGGCCCUGAUCUGGGACAUCCAGCAAAUGCCCCGGGCCAUCGAGGACCCCAUCCUGGCCUACACCGCUGAGGGAGAGAUCAACAACGUGCAGUGGGCGUCCACGCAGCCCGACUGGAUCGCCAUCUGCUACAAUAACUGUCUGGAGAUCCUGCGUGUCUGAGCGCUGCACUGACUUGAGUUGGACUCGGCAGCGUCCCCGGACUUCCACCACAAUAACCUGGUUUACAUUUGUCUUGACAGCGCUCCUCUUAUACAUGUGGUUUUGCUCUUAUUUAUUUGCUCACGCAGUAGACAAACCAGAGCUUUUUGAGACGUGGAGACAAAAGUCACCGCUAGGGUCUCGUCUUCGCGUGGACCACGUGACCGUGACAAAUACUCGACGAUACACACGGCAGCAUCUGCUCUGACCAGACUGAAGUCACCACGGUGGGGUCGAACAUUGUCCUCCCAGUGUCCAAACUUUUCUUACUCGUACAAGAUUGUGAUUUGACAAAGUUGUUUCUCUUUGUUAAGCUGAAGUGUGUCCGUCUUGUUUGCAGCAGUUCUUGUAGCAUGCCAUUACAAGAGCGAUGUACAUACAUAUAAAUAUAUCCACUGAAGCAAGUGUUGAUGUUGUAGCCUUUUUCAUAAAGUUUAUUAUUGAAUUUUGCUCAAAUAAAUGGUAUUCCUCCG